GGGGCGCAGCAUACCGGCUUGCGUUAUGCUUUGUCUCGGCAUACACUGGAAAGUCACUAAUAGGACAGCUAAAACACACGCAUGUACAUAUUGAUUGAGGUAUCAGCCCACCUGUCCACGUCAGCCGGCCAAUUCUUGAGUUUUUGGAUUUUUGCAGAUAAACUGCCCUUUCCGAAGAGACUGCAACGUUUCGCCUUAACCUGCAAUGCCUUCGUACCUCUUGUAAAUUCCCCAACCUAGGUACCUAAACAGACGCUCAUUCCUACGCUGCCUUACACUCGUUAACAACACCCACCUACUGCAACAUACAACAUGGCUCCGGUACACGAGAGGCCUGGACUCUUCAUUUCCGAGCACCUACUCCGCAGUGCGAGAGCUGCCGUAGUAGCAGCCGGACCCGAGGUCGCCAGACUUGCUCGGCGGGAUGCCGUAUCACGCCGCGAUUUAACUGUCACUAGCGAUGCCCAAAAAGUUACAUUGGGUAUUAUCGCCGUCUAUGUCGUCGUUAUUGCUAUUUUAUGGAACGUUCCUUAUGUGCGAUGGUCAUUAUGGCCUUUUAAGAUGCUUGUUAUUGCAUUUCAUGAGUUCGGACACGCUAUAACUGCCUGCUGUACAGGUGGACGUGUCAAAUCCAUCUCUCUUGACCCUCGUGAAGGAGGUGUCACCCACAUGGUUGGAGGAAAGAGUGCCAUCACAUUACCCGCUGGCUACCUAGGAUCCUCCCUCAUCGGGGCCCUUCUUAUUUUCUGCGGCUUCGACAUCGUGGCAAGCAAAAUCGCCAGUCUAGUUUUAGGCGUAUGCUUCUUACUGACACUUUGGUGGGGUAAACGGGAUUGGCUUACGAUUGUGACUAUUCUACUUGCCGUCGGACUCUUGGUGGGAUUCUGGUUCAUUGCUCAUGCCGAACCGUUGCGAUUCCUUGUGCUCUUCAUCGGCGUGAUGAGCUCAUUGUACAGCGUUUGGGAUAUUUGCGACGACCUGAUCCUCCGCAAAGUCAAUAGUUCUGAUGCCAGUGUGUUUGCCGAGCGCUACGGUGGCUCUUCUCAGUGCUGGGGCGUCAUCUGGUCCAUUAUUUCAGUUUGCUUUAUGGCUGCCGGGAUUAUUGCCGGGAUUGCCGCUUUCCCGCAAUCAUUCGCACAACAAGAAGAGGAUUCGAAGAAUUUUAUUCCCACUCUUUGAGCGACUAGUUGCGAUAAUCGGUUUCGGGUUUAGGGAGGUACGCCUCGAUAAUUAGUUAUGCGGAGUUUUGAGGCUUCUAUUCAAGGCUUUUACGGUUUUUGGUCAUGAGGAGGACAUAUCCACAGGGUGUUCUUUUUUUUAGUCUAUCGUAGAUACCCUUUAUUAUUAACGAAUGCCAGACAAUAGGUCUGAUGCGGGUUUGUUCUUUUAUUAUACAAGUCGUCGUUCCCGCA